AGCAAAAAAUACGCGCCACAUGUCGCAGUAAACACUGCUGGGGUUUUGAAUUCUAAAUACUGAAUUCGUGCCAUAUAAAAUUUCACAGAGACACUUAAAAUACUUUUGUAAACUUCCUGAGAUUAUCAUUUUUUGUUAUGAAAAGCAAUGACAUCAUGUGGCCGGAUCCUUGAUGCAUGAUUGAUUAAAUACAUCAUCUUGAAACGUGCACUUGAUCUAAUGCUAUAUAAUGGACUGCGUUGCAACCGGAGGAAACGUGAAAGUUUUAGCAAAAGCAAUACAUUCCCUGUCGAGGAUUGGAGAGGAGCUGUAUUUGGAGCCGGUGGAAGAUGGGUUGGCCCUGCGUUCAGUCAACUCUUCCCGGUCAGCGUUUGCCUGUUUCCUGCUCUCUCCUCUCUUCUUCCAGAGGUAUCAGACUCCAUCGGAUCAGAGCUUCCGCUGCAAAAUGCCCAUCAAGAGCGUGCAGUCUGUCUUUAAGUCUCUGUCGUCUCUGGAGCGCUCGGUAGAGAAAUGUCGCAUUCAGUUCAACAAUGAGAAGAGUCGCUUGACCAUAACUCUGCACUGUAAACACGGACUCCUAAAAACACACAAUUUGUCCUUUCAGGACUGUGAAAGUUUGCAGGCUGUGUUUGACAAAGAUAGUUGUGCCAAUAUGCUACAAGCUCAAUCCAGAUUAAUGGUGGACACAGUGCUUCAUUUCCCUCCUUCUCUGGAGGAGGUGAAUCUGUCAGUGAGCAAUGAUCGAGUGUGGCUCAGAAAUCACAUCGAGGAUGAUGCAGAUUCAUCUCGAGCGAUGAUGACAGAACUCUGUUUGAGUUCAGAUGAGUUUGACCAGUUUGCUGUUAACACUCAGACCAGCAUUACCUUCUGCCUCAAAGAACUCAGAGGUUUGCUUGUGUUUGCCGAAUCUUCUGGGCUUCCAGUCUCUAUAUAUUUUGAUGAGCCAGGCAGUCCAGUUAUCCUGAGUGUGACAGACAGUGUUUUGGAGGCUAAUUUUGUUCUUGCUACGCUGUCAGAGGACUCGCACCCCAAGAACCACGUCAACGCCAACACAAAACAUCUGCAAGCCGAGCAAAUGACAGAUGACUUCAUGUGCGAUGAUAUGGACUCAGUUCUUAUUGCCAUGGAAACCAGUGAACUUCCAGGGCCAUCACAUGUACCCUCAUCCUCAUCCCCACCCCACAACACCAAUAACAGAAAACACCCGGCCAGUGAAGAUGAGGAAGAGGAGGAACAGGAGGAAGCACUUAUAGAACGACCUCCAAACAAAAAAUUUUGUUCACUUUUCUUCGGUUCGGUUCUGCUCGCUUCCUCUCAGCUGACCAAUCAGACGAUACAGAACCAGGAAGUGCUUGCAAGUGACAGUGACAAUGAAGAUCAGACAGAAUCGUGA